UUGUCUCCGAGCUAUGUUGUCGUAUAGUACGGAUAAAAUGUAGUUGCGCGUUUCAACAGGACUGUCAGUAGAUAUUAGUUUAUCGUGUGUACUGAAUAAUACGUGUUUUACCCGUAAAAAAAUAAGUUUAUGUACUAAUUAUAACUGAUAAAGUGUUCUAACAGUGGCGAUUGGAUUAAAAAAUAAUUGCAUAUAACAAAACGGAACUUUAGUUGGAUUUACUAUGGAAGUUUCGAAGGAUAUAAAUUUAUAUGCGGCGAGCGGCGUUACUGAUGAGCAGCUGGCUGAGUUCCGGGAGGCUUUCAACCUGUUCGACAAGAACAAGGACAACGUCAUCAGCGCCAAGGAGCUGGGCACCGUGAUGAAGUCCCUCGGGCAAUCACCCACGGAGAACGAUAUCCGCACCAUGAUCAACCACGCGGAUCUUAACAAAAAUGGCAGUAUAGACUUCGAUGAGUUUGUCAAGAUGAUGAUCGGCUACCAACGACGUGCAGACCCUGAACAAGAAAUGAGAGAAGCAUUCCGCGUGUUCGACAAGGACAACAACGGCUUCAUAAGCUCGGAAGAGCUGCGUCACGUGAUGACAAAUCUCGGUGAGAAGCUCACGGACCAAGAGGUGGCCGAGAUGAUACGAGAAGCGGACACAAAUGGGGACGGCAUGGUAGAUUAUAACGAAUUUAUCAAGUUGCUGUGUUCACCACCUCAAGCGAGCGGCGUGACUGAUGAGCAGCUGGCUGAGUUCCGGCAGGCGUUCAAAAUAUUCGACAAGAACAAGGACAACGCCAUCUGCGCCAAGGAGCUGGGAAGCAUGAUGAAGUCUCUAGGGCAGUCAGUGACGGAGAACGAUAUCCGCACCAUGAUCAACCACGCGGAUCUUAACAAAAAUGGCGUUAUUGACUUCGAGGAGUUUGUCAACAUGAUGAUCGGCUACAAACAACAUGCUGACCCUCAACAAGAAUUGAGAGAAGCAUUCCGCUUGUGCGACAAGGACAACAAUGGCUUCAUAAGCUCGGAAGAAUUGCGUCACGUGAUGACAAAUCUCGGCGAGAAGCUCACGGACCAAGAGGUGUCCGAGAUGAUACGAGCAGCGGACACCAAUGGGGAUGGCAUGGUGGACUAUAACGAAUUCAUCAAGUUGCUGAUUUCGGCGCCUUAAGUCGACUAGGCCUGGUACACGACACUAUUCAUCCCACCAGUGUUUAUGAUGCAAUUACGUGUGUAACGUCGUUACGUCGCGAACGUGUUUUGACGCCUUUGUGCCGGUUGUCGUUUGCGAGUAUUGUUGAAAUAAUGAGAUAGGAUUUUGUGUUACGAUUGUGUUUGAACAGAAGCAUAAGCCUUUCUGAAGUUGGUGCCAAGUUGGAGAGAGAUAGAGAAAGAAAAGUAUAUAUAACAAAGAUUGAUACAUGCAAUACAAUUAUAUAUAAAUCAUCUAGUUUUAUAUAUUUUUUAAGUCAUAAUGAAUAUAUUUAUCACUAUAUAUUUCCUUUUUACUUGAAAUUUUCCUUAAAAUAUUAACAAGUGAUUUUUAAGGUCUUUGUCUAUUUCACUAAAACAAUUUAGUACAAUGAAUAUUUUUGUCUAUUUUUAUCUGUAUAUGCUUCUCAUCAACUCUUGAUAAAGGUUUCUUAAUCGUUGCAAGAUUAUUCCUGUUUUGUAAAUGUUUCUUAAUCAUUUUGUGCUAUUUCAAAUGUGUAUUUGCUUUUUAAAUUCAAUUGUUUUGUAUAUUUAUUGUAUUCCAUAUCCAUAAACAGAAUUAACACAUUCCAAGCCAU